GGUUUUGGCAUGCACUGGCCAACAUGCACGCGUCGGUGUCAAGUCGGAGGCGCUGGGCGGAGAGCGUGACAUGACUUGCCAAAUUUCUCCGAGCGCAAUCGAAAGCCGAAAUACUGUCUGCACGACAUUGUAACAAUCUCCUCCGAUCUUCCUUUUUGCGUGGUGUCAGCGCUCUGGUCGUGCUUGAGGUAGAUGUUUCCUCGACGAGCUCUAUCAACACGAUGCCUCCGACAUGCAUCUAUUGACAGCGCCCCAGCUGGAGGAAUUCCCAGUCUGCGACCUCGAAUUCCUCGGACGCCCGUCUUCAGAUCGUUCCACUCGUCACGGCCAAAUCGAUUAGUAGCAGAAGCAUUGCAGUUGUCGCAGGAGGCUUUCCAGGGAGUCCACUCCCUUACCGGGCUGCCGUGGUAUCUUUCCAUACCUCUCACAGCAACGCUCUUCCGACUUCUGUCACUACCUAUACUUUACUUCACCAAUAAAAGCGUACAGCGUGAACAAAAGAUCGCUCCUAUCCUGAAAGGAUGGCGAGAAGCUUACAAGUGGAGGGCAAGGCUCCAAUUUCCUGCCGGGGGAACAGAAGAGACUGCAAAAAAGGCUGAAGCCUGGGUCCAGAGUCAGUUGAGUGUGCGACACAAGUUACUGCAGAAAAGCUACAAGAUUAUGGGGAGUUGGUCCAGGGGCGCCCUUCAAAUCUCCUUCUUGCCAAUUUAUAUUGUCAAUGCCGACGUUAUCCGGCGAAUGGCAGGUGAUGAAAGAACAUUGCUCUCAUUGUUCACAAAAACAAACGGAAAGGUGGACACAAGUAUAGUGCCUCCGGAGCCAGGUCUCCAGACAGAAGCAUUCUCCUGGAUUCCAACUCUGACCUCGCCUGAUGAGCUGUGGAUUCUGCCUCUGGCAUUUGGAGCUCUUUCAGUGACCAGUACAUGGCUAGCGGUUGGGAAGUAUAUCAAGACCCAACAAAGAACGAUUACGGGCAUGCCGCUUGGACCGAUGAGGACGAGGCAGGUCGUGUACUUGCAGAUAUCCCAGUUCGUCAUGGCGGCGUCAUUCCUGUUUCCAGCCCUCAUCAUCAUAUGGGAGCUGCCAACAGCGGUCACUCUAUACUUCAUUGGCAGUGUUGGCACACAGCUGGUGCAGCGUCCGCUAGUCAGAUGGCUCGUCGGCAACAAAAAGCCCAUCGAGCCACUAGAAGCCCGGCUACCGAAGCUCAAAGGCGAAAAGGAGACGUGAUGGGUUUGUCUAGAAAUCUGGGCAUCAUCGCUCCAAACGAAUCUAUCUUCCUGAUACAAGAUUGCAUUGCUUGCCAAAGAUCACGCAAGUUGUACGAUUUGAGCAGGUUAGUCAAGCGCAGCGCUGACAGCUACACCACCGCCAUCACCAUCAACACCGAUCCAGACUUCUCAGAUGUGAGGAUCGCUCGAUAGCGCUGGAGUGGACUUUGAGCUGGAGGUGAAGAAAGCAGCUCUUUCAGCAUCCUAGGGUAAUACCGGCGAUUGAGGCUGUACGAAAAGGCAGCUAUCACUCCCCACGGACGAGACGGGAGUGCGGUGAAAGGCGUCAAUGAACCCUUUAGGAUCGCACCAGAUGCAAUGACCUGCCCGAGGUGGUGUCAACGGUUCUGAUAGGAACCCCCUGCAUCAUGUGAGUAGGGAUCGAGUUCUGUCA